AUGAACAACAAAUGCUUGUGAUGACAAAUAUGGAUUUUUUUCAUCAUAAAGCUUGAAGAUUAUUAAAAAAUCUGUAUUUCAAACAUGGCCCUUACUCCGACGCAAGGCCAAGACUACCUCUUAAAAAAGAAUAUCCCACAACUAAUGGAGAGCAUUAUGAUUGGAUUGAUACACGAAAGACCAGAUGAUCCCCUGGAAUACAUUGCUCUCUGUGCAAAAAGAGCAAAAAAACUUGGUGGAGUUUCAAAAGUACAAUGGGACUCAUUUGUUUCUAAUCUCCUUCCACCUGUAUCACAGAGUCCAAUUUUUCGAACAGAAACUCCAAACAGUAUGCUUAACAGAAAGAGUCCUUUGCCACCAAUUGGAUCACCAUUAAAAGAUACAAUUGAAACUGCCUUGUCAUCUGUUCAUUACGCAUUCCCUAUUUGUUUGACCCCCACCGCUCCCCCUUUGACCCCCGUCCCUUCUGAACAGCAAAUGAUAGAUAGUUUACCCACACCUCCCUCACAUAGUCCUGUUCCACCAACUGUUACCAAGCAGAAUUCUGUGUCUUCUUUAUCUGAAGCAUCUUUACCACGAACCCCUGUGGGUUCACCAAUUCCAGAGGAUGUCAGCGCAAGCUUGAGUUAUGAUACCCAGAGACCGAAAUCACCAGAUAUUGACUCCAUAACACCUAAUUGGACAUCUAGCUCAGAUAUUGUAGAAGAGGUUCAAUCUAAGACAAGCUUACCAAAUGAUGAUAAACAGCAUAGAGAAAUCACUCCCGCAAAAACAUACGCAGAAGAUUCAAUUGGCGAUACUUCUCAGCCCAGCAAUCCAAGUAAAGAUUCCGAAAAUGAAAGCAGUGUUUCUGAAAAAAGAGAAAAAUCUCCAGUCUAUUCUGUGGAAGAUGAGGACAUAUCCCAAGCAGAAAACAUGUACAAGUUUACUGAUCAACAUGAAGGCAAACAAAUUACUGAGGACGUAGAAGAACAAUCAGCGGCUCUUAGUCCCACAAAUCACCAAUCUAUUACUCUAUCCUCAAGUGAUGAACCAAAACCUGAAUCUGGCGUUGUCAUCAAUCAAUCACCAGUGAAGGAUAUGUCAGAUAAUGAGCCUGGAAAACAGGCCAAUACAAUCUCUGUAGAAAACAAAGAUGCGGUUAAUGGGGAAGUGAAUCCGAAAGCCCCAUCUCCAACUGAAUCUCUGAAAGAUGAGUCUCAAAUUGUCGACCAACCAGCUAGUACUGAUAAUGAUAGUUGUGAUGUCAACAAAGUACCGAAGACCCCAGAGAAUUCACCACGAUACACUGACCCAGAAACUGGAGAUAUGAUCAGCUAUCGAAGCAAUAAUGAAGAUGAAACUAUUGAUAACAAACAGAAUUCUGUGAAGAAUCACCAAGAUGCUGAUAAAGUUGAAGAUAGUGAAGUGAAACAAAUAAUUCCUCAAAGUGAAGAAAAUACACUUGAAUCGGGCAAGAUAGUAUUUUCAGAAGAUGUUCCAAUGGAGUCAAAUCACAUUUCAUCAAUCAAUUUCAUCGAAAAUCAGUUUCAAGUAGAAGACGAUGAUGAAGUUAAACCUCCUCUAGAUAUAAAAGAUCUAACUGAAAGUAAAGUAGAAGAAGUUACUAGUCAAAAUACCUUUUCUUGUAAUGAAGAGCUGAAAUCUCCGACUACUGAGGACAUAGAAAUGGAACCAAAUCAGGAACCAGAACUGAUUAUUGCUACACCACUGCUUGGAAGCAACCCUGCGUUUAUUGCAGAUGAUACCUCUGAUGAAAAAAUAUCAUUGGAACAAAAGAAAAUUGAAGAGUUGUCUAAUAAUGUACAAAGUGAAAAGAUUAGUAUUGUUGAAAGCACUGCAAAUGAUCAACAGAGCACUGAAAACGUUGAGCAGGAACUUCAAAGCUCAUCAACAGAGGAUUUCAACAAUCCAAUUAAUGAGAACACACAGUCAAUUGAUGCUCCAAGUGAAAAUGAACCUCGAAACUUGACUGAAUCUGGAUUGAGUGAACAAAAUAAAAAAGUUCAGGAUGAUGCAAAUACUGAAAAGAAUACUGAUAGUCAUAAAGAGGAACACCAAACCCCUUUGACAGAAGAAUAUAAGAAUCCCAUGGAUGACAGCACUCAAAAGCAUGAGGCUUUUAAACUAUCUCCUAUUGAAAACAAACCUCAAGAGUUGGCGGAUUCAAAAUUGAGUGAACCCAAUAGCACUAUCCAAGUCAAUGAAAAUGACCAAAAUGGUAAUGAUAGUUAUACAGAGGAAUUGCAAUACCCAUUAGCAGGAGAAAAGACAAAUCCUGUCGAUAACGAAACGCAGUCACCUAUUCCAUCACCAAGUUCCAACGAAGAAAGUAGCACAUUAGAAAAGAUUGAGAAUUCGCCGACUAAUGUCGUUGAAUCAGAAGAUUCUAUCCUUUUGAACAGAUCAGACUCUGUGUCUUUGACGGAUGUUGCAGAAACUAAAACCCCCGAAUGUCAAGCUGAAAAAGAUGAAUUUACAAACAAUGAAACUACCAAUGUUUAUUCUGGGAAGGAAGAAAACACUGUAAAUACAGAAAAGCAAUACACUUCAGAUAAUCCCGCAAACUCAGCCACUGAUUAUUCUGCGGGACCUGACGAUCCUAGUAGCCCUAGUCCUAUUUCAUCAUCUCCCACACCAAAACCUGACCCACCCAAUCCUCUCCAAACACCCUCGGAUGACAAACAGGCAGUGGAGGAAUCUGAUAAUAAGCAGCUGACUGAAAAUGACCAAUUGUGCCAAUCUGAUGCAAGUCCUGAUGGUAAACGAAAACUUCAGACACCUUCACCGACUUUGGAAACGGAAAACAAGCAAGAAAACAAUACAGAUAUGGCACCUGCAUCACAGCAACUGAAAUCCAAGAUUAUUGUGUUUGUUGUUGGUGGUCCAGGAUCAGGCAAAGGAACACAAUGUGAUAAAAUCAAAGAAAAGUAUGGAUUCACUCAUUUCUCAUCUGGUGAUCUUUUGAGAGCGGAAGUUGCAUCUGGUUCUGAGAAAGGAAAAGAAUUGACAGCGAUAAUGGAGAGAGGAGAACUUGUACCAUUGUCUACAGUACUUGAAUUGAUAAAGAAAAACAUGUUGGAACACGCUCAUCAUUCUAAAGGAUUUUUAAUCGAUGGAUAUCCGAGAGACGUUCAACAGGGAAUCGAGUUUGAAAAUACGAUUUCUCCAUGUACAUUUGUUUUGUGGAUUGACUCUUCACAAGAAACGAUGGUGAAAAGGCUUCUCAAACGAGCAGAGACAAGUGGUCGUGCAGAUGAUAAUGAAGAAACAAUUAGAAAACGAUUAAAAACAUUUGUGGAAUCGACAGAACCUGUUAUUUCUCAUUAUGAAAAACAACAAAAAGUCCGAAGGAUAAAUUCUGAACAAUCCGUUGAUGACGUGUUUGCUGAAGUUCAAGCAGUAUUUGAUAAACUAUAAUUUUUCACUUUCUUUGUAUGACUUGCAUGCAGUACAUUUUGAGUUUUCGCACAAGCUGCCUGUUUACCACAAGAUAUCAUUUGUAUUUUAGAGUAUGUAUAAGAGCAUUUUAAUAUUUAAUUUUCAAGGUGUUAAUAGAUGGUACUCAAUUCUUGCAGUUCCUUGCAAUUUUAAUUUCUGAAAAAUAAAAAUUUCAACUUAUUGGGCAUAUAUUUGCUUAUUAAGCAUAUAAUUUAAUUUAAAAAUGCCUAGUGCUGUUGUGCAUACCACAUUUAUUUAAAAAAUUGUUUAUUAUGAAUUGAAAAAACUUGCGGUCCGUUUUUUAUCUUAUUUCAAAAAUAUAUACGAUUAAGGCACACUUAGACCUGAUUUAGUUUUUAGAGUUCCACAGCAAAGUUAAAUGAAGCAUUUCUCUCAUUGCAUGUUUCCAUUAUGUAUAAAAUAGGAUGUAAAUCACCAAAUACACUUUUUUUAGCAUUUUUUGUCAUUUUGAACAUGUUGUAUUCAUUUUUAAUCCUGAAUUUGACUUCUUUCUGAUUGAGAGAAUCAUAACAUUUAUAUUUUUGGAAACUUUUUUAAAAAUGACAAUUUCAUAGAGAAAACUAUCUCAAGCAAAAUGUAGAAAAUUUUAUAAGUUGUUUCUGCCGAUUUGCACAAAACUUCAAUAUGAAGAAUUUAGUAAUUUUAUAGAAGAUAUUCUUUAUCUUUCACCACUUCACCGUCCACUUAUUUUAAAAACCACUGAAACAGGCACUUGCAAUUAUUACUGAACAUUUAUGUUUUACUUCCAUUAUUUUGUGGGUGAGGGGUAACCCCCAAAUUAGACUUAAUUAGGCAUUAGACUUAACUAUGAUGGCAAUGCGGGUCAAUUGAAAAUUUUGGGUUUAAAUCCCAUGCCCACCAUCUCACCCAGGGUGUUAGAUGUUAAGUAGACGUUGACAAAACAGAAGGAUUCUUGUCCUUCCUAAUUACAAUAGAUACUCACCUUGUGUUUAACUUUUUUUCGGAGCAAUAGACGUCCAAAUAAGUUAUACAAAUAAUUUAUGUAGCCAACUCAAAAACCUCACAAAAUUUAUAUCUUUCUAUCUGAUUCAUCCAUUUAACCUUAUGUCGAAAACAGAGUACUGUUCUAUGAUUGGAUUAUCCACGCUUAUUUUAUUGUCUACUAAUUUUCAAACGUUGCAGUUACUAUUUUUUAAUAAUUAUUUGUUGAAAAACUAUAUCCAAAAAGUUAUAUUUUGCAGUACAUUAGUUCCUAAUUUGUUAUUAUUGUAAUAAAUAUAUACUAUAGAGUUAUAACAUUGAAUGUGAAAUAUAGAACAUGGUUGCA